CUCCCACCUCCUCUCUUUUUCCCAGCCUCUCCCGGGAGGAUGAGGAGGCUUGGGGGCUGAGGCUGGUCUGCGGUUGCCGGGUGACAAGUUGGAGCCGGGACAGUGUGAGUGCUCGCUGCCUCGGCCGCCGGCCCGUUCACUUCGCUCAGGGUGACCUUCGUGCGGCCAGGGACAGGGGGCGGGGAGUCGUGCGCCGGAGCUCUGUGACGAGGCGCCGCCGCGGGUCUGCGGGAAAGGAGCUAGCGAGCGGAUUUGCGAGCGGGGCCCUCGGCCGGGUCGAGCCCGCGGAGCCCGCGAGGCCGGAGCCUGGAGCCCGGGGCCUGGGGAGCCGGGGCUGGCGCUCGCGGGUCGGUGGUGAGGUCCGGUCCCUAGCUCUGCGGGCGGGGCUCCAGCGCCGGGUGUGGAAGGCCUUUCCCCAAGUAACAUAAUGGCAGAAACUGCUUCUCCACUGAAGCACUUUGUGCUGGCCAAGAGGGCAAUUACUGCAAUCUUUGACCAGUUACUGGAGUUUGUUACUGAAGGAUCCCAUUUUGUUGAAGCAACAUACAGGAAUCCAGAACUUGAUCAAAUAGCUACUGAGGAUGAUCUGAUAGAAAUACAGGGUUAUAGAAACAAGCUUUCCAUCAUUGGUGAGGUGCUGUCCCGGAGACAUAUGAAAGUGGCAUUUUUUGGCAGGACAAGCAGUGGGAAGAGCUCUGUUAUCAAUGCAAUGUUGUGGGAUAAAGUCCUCCCUAGUGGGAUUGGCCAUACAACCAAUUGCUUCCUGAGUGUUGAAGGAACUGAUGGAGAUAAAGCCUAUCUUAUGACAGAAGGAUCAGAUGAAAAAAAGAGUGUGAAGACAGUUAAUCAGCUGGCCCAUGCCCUUCAUAUGGACAAAGACUUGAAAGCUGGCUGUCUUGUACAUGUAUUUUGGCCAAAGGCAAAAUGUGCUCUCUUGAGAGAUGACCUGGUUUUAGUGGACAGUCCAGGUACAGAUGUCACUACAGAGCUGGAUAGCUGGAUUGAUAAGUUCUGCUUAGAUGCUGAUGUCUUCGUUUUGGUUGCAAACUCUGAAUCAACACUAAUGAACACGGAAAAACAGUUUUUUCACAAAGUAAAUGAGCGACUUUCCAAGCCUAAUAUUUUCAUUUUGAAUAAUCGUUGGGAUGCCUCUGCAUCAGAGCCAGAAUAUAUGGAAGACGUACGCAGACAGCACAUGGAAAGAUGUCUACAUUUCUUGGUGGAGGAGCUUAAAGUUGUGGAUCCUUUAGAGGCACAGAAUCGUAUUUUCUUUGUUUCUGCAAAGGAAGUUCUUAGUGCUAGAAAGCACAAAGCACAGGGGAUGCCAGAAGGUGGUGGGGCACUUGCUGAAGGAUUCCAGGCAAGAUUACAGGAGUUUCAGAAUUUUGAACAAAUCUUCGAGGAGUGUAUCUCGCAGUCAGCAGUGAAAACAAAGUUUGAACAGCACACUAUCAGAGCUAAACAGAUACUAGAUACUGUGAAAAACAUAAUGGAUUCAGUAAACGUGGCAGCAGCAGAGAAAAGGGUUUAUUCAAUGGAAGAGAGGGAAGAUCAAAUUGAUAGACUGGACUUUAUCCGAAACCAGAUGAACCUUUUAACACUGGAUGUUAAGAAAAAAAUCAGGGCUGUUACAGAAGAGGUGGCAAACAAGGUUUCUUGUGCAAUGACAGAUGAAAUUUGUCGACUGUCUGUUUUGGUUGAUGAAUUUUGUUCUGAGUUUCAUCCUACUCCAAGUGUAUUGAAAGUAUAUAAAAAUGAGUUAAAUAAGCACAUUGAAGAUGGUAUGGGAAGAAAUUUGGCUGAUCGGUGCACCAAUGAAGUCAAUGCUUCAAUGCUUCAGUCCCAGCAGGAGAUUAUUGAAAAUUUGAAGCCAUUACUUCCAACUGGUAUACAAAAUAAACUUCAUACACUGAUUCCUUGCAAGAAAUUUGAUCUCAGCUAUGACCUAAAUUGCCACAAGUUAUGUUCAGAUUUUCAAGAGGAUAUUGUAUUUCGUUUUUCCCUGGGCUGGUCUUCCCUUGUGCAUCGUUUCUUGGGCCCAGUGAAUGCUCAGAGGGUGCUACUAGGAUUAUCAGAACCCAUCUUCCAGCUCCCCAGAUCUUUAGCCUCUACUCCCACUGCUCCAACCAAUCCAGCAACGCCAGACAGUGCAUCACAGGAAGAACUCAUGGUUACCUUAAUAACAGGAUUGGCUUCUCUCACAUCUAGAACUUCUAUGGGCAUCAUCGUUGUUGGAGGAGUGAUUUGGAAAACUGUAGGGUGGAAACUCAUAUCUGUUUCAUUAAGUAUGUAUGGAGCUUUGUAUCUUUACGAGAGGCUGACGUGGACCACGCGUGCCAAGGAGAGAGCCUUUAAAGAGCAGUUUGUGAACUAUGCAACUGAAAAACUGCAGAUGAUUGUUAGCUUCACCAGUGCAAACUGUAGCCAUCAAGUACAACAGGAAAUGGCAACCACUUUUGCUCGCCUGUGCCAACAAGUUGAUAUUACACAAAGACAUCUGGAAGAAGAAAUUGCUAGAUUAUCCAAAGAAAUAGAUCAGCUGGAGAAAAUACAAAACAAUUCAAAGUUCUUAAGAAAUAAAGCUGUUCAACUUGAAAAUGAGCUGGAGAAUUUUACUAAGCAGUUUCUACAUUCAAGCAAAGAAGAAUAAUCUUAACAGAUUGCUUUGGUGAUCAUCAUAGGAGAAAAUGGAACUUGGAAGACUGGGACAGUUGUUUAUGGAAUGACCUUAAAUAUGAAUUAUACUAACUGUACCUAAAUUGCAAAUCCUUGUGUAGAUUCUGGUAAUGAUCUAUCUCAGGGUGUUUGCAUUUCUGAAGAGUGUUAUGAUGUUUUAGUUUUAAUUUUGGGUACAGAAAAGGCUAAAUUGUGUUAAAAAUAAUGAAUUAGUUAAAAGCAACAACCAACUAUGUGACCCCUGAGGGGUGGGGCCUUGUUCUUAAUUAGGGCUCUCUUUGUUUUUGAUUCUGAAAAACUCUGCUUCCUGGCAUCCAGGAGUUAGAGAAUGCUUUCAUCUUUUCUCAAAACUAAUUUUUGAUGCCUACCUUAAUGGGAAUAGUCAUUUGUUUUUUGUUGUUUUAUAAACUGUAUUGCUCUGUCAAGGAGGAGUGUGGAAUGUUCUUGAGUAUAUCGUUUAUGCAAGUUACAAUCACUUUUGCCGUCCUGGCAGGUAUGUAAACCACUAAUAUUACUGUUUUUACUCCCUCUUUUUUCCCCAUUAAAACUGAUGUAAAAUAGUAUAAAGGUUUAUGAUAAAGUCUCAUAAAAGUAUCUGGGUCUGAAUAAAUAGUUUCUAAAGAAACAUUUUCCGCUUCAACUAGGAUUAUGGCAAGGAAACCUUUCUAUCUCAGUUUUAGGAAUACUUUGAUAAAAAUAGCCAAAGAUACGGGAGCUCUGAAUUUUCAGUGGUUAUGGUCAUGUACAAAUGUUACUCUUCAGAAGGUAUUCGCCAAGGAUACUGCUGGACUGUCCCCUUGGGGGGGCCUUUAUUUUUAUUGUAUGAAUUUGCCAGGGCACUGUUAAUACUAUCUUAAUUUUUAACAAUGAAAUAUUCAUGAGUUCAAGUACUGUGUCUGUUUCUGUGUAAAAAUUAAUAGAAACUUAUUUGGAAACAUAAAAAAUGGCAUUCUAGGGCUUUGCUACGCAAAAUGUAGUCUGAGGAUCAUCAAAGCAGCAGCAUCUAGAUGCUUGUUAGAUGCAUGACGACAGUGCAUUUGGCCAAGAAUGGUUUCUGCUUCUCCACAGAGCAAUAAGAUGUUAGGCUCUUUUAUAUCCAUAAUACUCAGUAUUUCCUUUCUUGUGCCUUUAAGGCUCCUGGAUGCUCCUCAGUCUUUUCAUAGCAGGUGCAGCACUAUUUUCCAGGAUGUUUUAAGGAGAAAAUUACAUUACUUAUGUCACAGAAGCCUUUCAAAAAUAUAUUUUUAUGUAGAUCAGAUACUAGGAUGCAGUAUUAAAAUCCAAAUACUAGUUGAUAGCUUUUGUUGCUGCUUUAUAACCAAAAAAUAGUACAAGCUACCAACAAAUGGAAUUAGGUAGCAACUGCCACAUGAAAAACUGAUGUCUAAAACUGGGUACAGUGAAUUUAGGUUACAAGUUUAAGACCUUAAUCUUUAUGUGAAAGUACUUGAACUUUUUGAAAUAGCAUAGUGGUUUGGUAUCACCUCCUUAGUAGUAGUACAGUGGCUGUCAAAGUUUGGUCCCUGGAUUAACUGUACAUCACUUGUGAACUUCUGAGAAGUGCAUACUGCAGGGUCUCCCCCUGACCUACUGAAUCCAGUAGUGUUGCAGCCUGUGUUAACAAGCUGUCCAGGUGAUCCUGAGGCACACUCAAGUUUGAGAACUACUGGAGUAGUGGUUCUGGUAUAGUGAAGCUACAGUAAGCAGUUUGAAUGCAGUUCCACCUGAUCAAGUUUGAAAAUGCAUGAAUGUUGGAAAUGUGACACUAAAAUAAUGAAACCCACCCUUUAUGCCUGGAGAUCUUUGCACCUCUGACUAAGCCCAUGAAUUAUACAGGAAUUAUGUAAUUCACAGCUGUAGUUCCAAGUUGUUGCAAAUACUUGAUGGUUUACUGUAUAUGUUUGCAGGAUUAUUUAUAACUUUGUAUAACCGUAAACUUUAUACAGAACUACAUUUUUAUAAGUAUGCACGGUGAAAAUAAAACUUGUUUGCCUGAUAGUU